AUGAAUUUCAUAACUGCUCGCCAGCAAGCCAAGCGACUAUCAGUAUAUGCUUCAAAGGGUAGAAGAUUUGUGGGUGCUACAAAAUCACGGAAGGCGACGUCAUAUGCCAAUCAGACCUUUGGGAAGGGCCCACAUCAGACAACUGCUAUCCUAAAUUCUAACAAGGUUUUUCGCAAUCAGAAAUCGGACCUUGAGGAGAUUCUGCUCUCGUCUUCCGUUGAUAAUGUGCUUACGCCUAGCUCUAGCGAAUUUUUCAAAUCAUGGAGUCUUUUUGAAGCUUGUUUGUUCUCAAAAGACUACGAGAGAGCUGAUUUAAUAUUGCAGAGCCUGGCAUCCUUGAAUAACGCUUCAGAUCCGAAAAACCCGCACAAAUAUUUUCACGAUGGAAUAUGUGAGUUUCUCGCUACAUGGGGCCGCAGCGAAGAUGUGUCAAUGGCGGAUGUGGAGUGUUGGUUGAACACGUUCACUGCUUUUGAUUCAUCAGUCAAGAACGAGCCCAGAAUUAUCGCUUGGAUCAUUAAGCUAAAGUUUGAAAAAAACGCUUCUCUUGCUGACAUUUUUGAAGAAUUUGAUCAGUACAACUUGAGGAAGUUUCGCAACAAAAGGGCUGAUAUAUUAAGGUAUGUUGACGUGAUAGGUGUCAACAACGUCAGGACAUUGCUUUCUGCAGACCCGACAUUGGUUACCGAGCUUCCCUCAGAAUAUGAAAAGUUUUUCAGUUUAUUGAUGGGGAAGGAAAGUGAAGAUGGCAGUACUGUCUCGGACAUUCAUCCGACUGGUAUGGAUCUGGAAACAAUGGCAAAUGCAAGUCACGAAAAUAUAGAGAACCAUCCACACGAAAAUCCUGCUCAAAAGGAUGCGGCAGAAAGCAGAGCACCAGCAAUAGUGGACAAUCAGAUGGAUGAACUCAUUCCUGUUUCUUCAUUCAAUUUGAGGGCAAUCAGACAUACACUUUUAGGGUUAGUGGAUUCCUACAAUGGAGAUGGACAAUUCCUAGAUAAGUUCUUUGCUCUCGCCAAGCAGGAGAAGCUGGACAUCGAUUAUGAGAAGUAUGAAAACUUAGAAACAAAACUUGAUUUUUUUGAAAUGAAAUGCGCAUUACCCUUGGAGCAACACGAGAAAUUUGAUAUCAUUUUAGACAUUGUUUCUGAAGAGCGCCAGAAGAAAGUGGAGUCAAACAGCGUUGAAGCUGCAAGACUCAAGUGGGAACAUGAAUUUGAAAAUAUAAAGGACAAAAGCAUGCCAGCCUCCAUAGGAUCAUAUCUGCAUGACUGGCUCACGAACAUGCAACCCUUGAUUGAGCAAGAGAUCGAAGAAUAUUGGGUUGCACGGAAGCUCGAGAAGGAUAAUCUGCUCGAGGAUACUUCAAGUUUUGAUAGAGAGAGGUAUUCGGAAAAGUUGAAGCAUGGUCCUUAUUUGACGCUAUUGAAACCCUCCAAGUCUGCAAUCACGACUAUCUUAGAAGUUAUCAAAACUUGCGUGUCCUCAGAUCUUGCUCACGGGGCCCCAGUUUCCAAGGUGGUAAUGGCAAUCGGCCGUGCCAUGGAGUUGGAAUUUAAAGCUCAAAGAUUGCUUGCUGCUGACAUUGAUGUUAACAAGAACUUCAAGGCCAUAAGGAAGACCCCUGAAUUCAAGAAGUUUGUCAGAGGAGCAAAAGCCUCUCAAUUGAUUCACGAAGCUGAGAAACGAGCUGAAUCUUCUGUUGGUCAAUCAAUGGCGUUUGUUAGUUGGGAUACAGAUAGCCGGUGCCGCGUCGGAUCUGUUAUGCUUUCUCUACUUCUACAGGUCGCGAAAGUUGAUGUGGAAGGAACCGAUCCAGUUACUGGCGAUACUAAAACUGCUUUGGCCCCUGCAUUCUAUCAUACUUAUGAUUAUCAAAAUGGAAGCAAGGUGGGUGUCAUUAAAUUAAAUAGCAAAUUUGCUUCCAAGCUAGGCACUGAAAGAGUGGACAACACUCUCCAACCUCAUUUCAUGCCAAUGAUUGCAAAGCCGCGUCCAUGGACUACCUACAAUGACGGAGGCUACUAUUUGAAGAAAUCUGCGGUGCUGAAGGCUAAAAAUUCGCCAGAACAGGCUGCAUACGCCCGUACUGCUGCUAUCAAAGGUAAGAUGGAUACUGUUCUUCAAGCUCUCAAUAACUUAGGAUCUACUGCAUGGACCGUCAAUAAGGACGUGCUUAAGGUCAUGAUACAGGUGUGGAAUACAGGAGAGGAAUUCUUGGACAUCCCAAAAUUUCGCGAAACACUCAACCUGCCUCCUCCGCCUUCAACAGAUGCCAGUCUUGAAGAAUUUUUCAAACACAAGAAGAAAUGCCAGCUCAUCUGUCGCGAGUUUUCGAAGGAUCGGUCGAUGAGAUGUGAUACCAACUACAAACUAGAGAUUGCAAGGGCUUAUGUUGGUGAACGAAUUUUCUUCCCUCAUUCUCUUGAUUUUAGAGGAAGGGCUUAUCCAAUGCCUCCAUACUUUAACCAUCUGGGAAAUGAUUUGUCAAGAGGUUUACUAAAGUUUUGGAAUGGAAAACAACUGGGCGAGGAAGGUCUGAAAUGGCUCAAAAUCCACGUUUGCAAUCUCAUGGGAUUUGAUAAGCUCUCGCUGGAUGACAGAGUGAAGUACGUUGAUGAUCACUUAGACGAGAUAUUUGAGUCAGCCAGAGACCCUUUGGGAGGCUCUAGAAUGUGGGUGAAUGCGGACAAGCCUUGGCAAUUUUUGGCUUCUGCAAUGGAGCUGGAGCAGGCUUACAGAUUACCGGAUCCUACCAAGUUUAUAUCUCAUCAGCCUGUGCAUCAGGAUGGAACUUGUAAUGGUCUUCAACACUACGCUGCGCUUGGUGGUGAUAUUGAGGGUGCCAGACAAGUCAAUUUGGUGCCUGCUGACAAGCCUUCUGAUGUUUACACCCAUGUUGCUCAUUUGGUGGAGAAGUCUGUUCAGGAGGAUCUUAAAGCUGGAUUGGGGGAGGCUGAAUUGGUGAAGGACAUCAUUAGCAGAAAACUUGUCAAACAAACGGUGAUGACUAGUGUUUAUGGUGUUACCUACGUUGGAGCGCGUGCUCAAAUUACAAAGAGACUAAAGGACAUCGAGUUUGAUGAAAAGUACAUCUCCGUGUCUUCGAAAUAUCUGACACAAAAGGUUUUCAAGGCUAUUAGAGAACUCUUCGAUAACGCGCAUGCAAUCCAAGACUGGCUCAUAAUUGCUGCAAAGAGAAUCAGCAAAUCUGUCAGAACAGACAUUGACAUUCCUCAGGAUACUGAUUACAUGUGCUCGGUCAUUUGGACGACACCUAUGGGAUUGCCUGUUGUCCAACCAUACAGAGAGUACAAGGGAAGGCCAGUGCAGACCACGAUGCAAACAAUUACAAUUGUCGAUCCUUAUCAACUGAAACGUGUCGAUGGACGUAAGCAGGCAAGUGGAUUUCCUCCAAACUUCAUUCACUCCUUGGAUGCCACUCAUAUGGUCUUGUCUGCCAACAAAUGUUCAGAAGCAGGACUGGUAUUUGCUUCAGUUCACGACUCAUAUUGGACUCAUGCUUCAGAUGUCUCAAUUAUGAGCAAAAUUCUUAGAGAGCAAUUUAUCCAUUUGCACACAAACAAUCUAAUCGAAAAACUGGACAAAGAACUUAAAAUGAGAUAUGGUAAAAACCUGAUGGUCAUUGAGGUUAACAGUGCCAGCGAUCUGGCAAUUGAAUACAAGAAAUUCCGCCAUGACUUGCUAUCAGAGUUGAAGAGAAGCCCAACGUUGAUUGACGAGGCGAUGACCGAAAGAAAAAGACAGUUAUUACUGCAAUCCGGCAAUAAGGAUGAUAUCGAAAGAGCGCAUAAAAUGGUCACGCCGGUGACCAUCGCUGAGAAAUGCAAUUAUAAAAACGCACUUGGAUUUGAGGGUAAGAAUGGGACCUCGAUUCUAGUCCCAUUUGACUUGCCACCUAUCCCUUUGAAGGGUGAGUUCGACGUGAAUGUGGUUAGAGAUAGUCCAUAUUUCUUUUCUUGA